AUGGCUUAUGGGAAGGGUUGUCAUUUGCCAAUGGAGUUAGCGCAUCGGGCUUAUUGGGCGAUCACUACGGUUAAUGCGGACUACAACGAAGCGGGGAAAAUGAGGAAGUUACAAUUGUGUGAAAUUGAAGAGCUUAGAGACGAGGCGUAUGAAUGUGCAUCGGCGUAUAAGGACAAACUCAAGAAGCUUAAAAGUAAAUGGAUGGGCCCAUAUGUUGUUCGGCGAGUUGGAAGGUUUGGUGACGUAGACAUCCAAGACGAGCAAACACUAAAACAACAAACGGUGAACGGUCACCGGUUGAAACCGUACUUGGAGGGGAACGACAUUAACAACUUGGAGCUUGACAAAGUGGGCUACAUUCUACGCCCGGUCGAUGAGGAACAACCAUGA